CUAGGUUUUCCCAUUCUCUGGCCUUAAACCCUCACCUUUCGCGCCCUCACUGCACUGGUGCGAGACUCGUGAGUGUGAAGAGACAAAGGUGCAGUUCUAGGGUUUGGUGGUGAAGAACAGAGAACACAGGAUGGGGAAGAAAAGAAGUACAAAUUAUCAGAAGAAAGAUACCAAAAGCUCUAAAAGUAAAACAAGUUCUCGUCAUGCUACUUAUUCCAGUGACGACAUGGACGACGAAAUUGAUGCCUUUCAUAAGCAGAGGGACAUUGUCCCCCUUGACAUUAAUGAUGAUGCUGAAGAAUCGGAAGACGAGGAGCUCCCUAUUUUUGAUGUUCAGGAUGUUGAUGAAGAUGAGGAUGAGGAUGAGGAUGACGAAGAUGAUGAUGAUGAUGAUGGGGAUGACGAUGUGGCGAAGAUGAUUAGGCAAAGGAAAUAUUUACGGGCAAAGUUUGGUGGAGGAGAUGAUGAAAUGCAUGAUGUUGAUGAUGAGGAAGAUUAUAAACUUACAUUAGGUGGGAAAAAAUUCUCACACGGUGCUGAGAAUCGAAAUUUUGAGAUACAAUCAAGUGAUGAUGAGGCCCCAAAAGAAGAGGAAGAAUUGGCAUUACAAAUACAAAGGGAGAAGGCAAAAUCCUUAACAAUGGAAGACUAUGACCUUGUGGAUAUAAGUGAAGACAAAGAUAACGAAAAAUUAACUUUGAAGGAUGUGUCUGAUAAAGGAAACGAAGCAAUAAAAUCACUGGAUAGAGAUAUAAUUUUCACUGUUGAUGAACUGAAUGCUUUGUCAAAGGAGGAGCAAAUGAAUGCUUUAUACAGGUCUGCUCCAGAAUUAGUUGAUUGGUUGUCAGAACUAAAUGAGGUGCACAGACAACUCGAAUGUGAAAUUAACCCAUUUUUAAGCAAGGUUAAAAAGGGGGAAAUAGUUAUGAAAGGAGAAGUGCGUUAUUUUGAGUUGAAGCAGCUUAUUUUUCUGUCCUAUUGCCAAGCAAUAACGUUCUUCCUUCUCCUCAAGUCUGAAGGGCAGCCAGUCCAUGAUCAUCCCAUAAUAGCUCGCCUUGAAGAGAUCAAGAAAUUAUUGGAUCAGAUAAAACAACUUGACACAAAACUUCCAUUUGAACUUGAGGACAUUCUUAAAGAAAAUAAUGGGUUAGAAACAGUACUAAAUUCAGAUAUUGAGAACGCUCCAACGACAAAUGAUUCUAUCGUUAAAAACCAAGAGCAGCCUCUUGUCUCUGCCAAAUCAACAGAAGAAACAGUGGUGCCUAACAAGCAAGUUGAGAUACAAGAAUUGGAAUCCUCAAAGGAUGGUGUACAGAAAACAAGAAAAGUUAAACCUCAGAAGGAUCACAUUGGCGCACAGAGUUUGGAAAUGCUAAAAGUUAGAGCUUCCCUCGAGGAAAAACUGAAAAACAAGGGUCUGUACAGCUCCAUUGCUCCAAAGCCUAGUAAUGCAUUAAAGCGUUUGAGACCAGUUAAUGGCCAGCUCGAAACAUAUGAUGAUUUUAAUGAUGAUACCAUGGAUGCCAAUGGGGAAGCUAGAUUGAUUAAUGGUUAUGGCUCAAAACAAGUUUCACAAUUCCUUAAUGCAAAUAUGAAGAAGCCCAAGGUGGUUUCUGGUGAUGAUGAUUUACCAAAGAGAGAUGAUAUUGGUGAAAGGCGAAGGAAACACGAGCUUCGGGUGUUGGCUGGUGCUGGAAUUAGGACUGAGGAUGAUGAUGGUGAUGAUCAGAUGACUGAUCUUGGACCUAAUGAGGUUACCGAUGAAGAGGAUGACGGUGGAAGUGGGGACUCAGAAAAUGAAUUUUACAAACAAGUGGAACAACUGCGAGCUGCAAAACUUGCAGCAAAAGCUGAGACUUACUCAAGGAACACUUCAGUCUCUUCAUUGCCAGAGAUUGUAGAAGGAAAGCGCCAUAUUUCUUCUCAGAUUGAGAAGAAUAGGGGACUAACCCGCAAUCGCAACAAGGCAAAAAAGAAUCCCAGAAAGAAUUACAAGCUCAAGCAUCAAAAGGCUGUUAAGAACCGCAAGGGGCAAGUUCAGAGUAUCAAGAGGCCGACUGCUCCUUAUGGUGGAGAAUCCUCUGGAAUUAAUGCGGCUAUCAGUAGAAGCAUCAGAUUCAAGAGCUGAUAUUGUUAUUAGCUUUACAAUAUCUUUCCAAAAUUAUCCAAUUUUAAAUCAUAUACGUAGAUGGAAGUAUCUUGUUUGCUUCGGCGAAAGUAUAGCCUGUAGGUGUUUGUUUGGGAGAUAAGCAUAUAUGGCAUAUUAAGUUAUUUGCAAUUUUGCCAGUUUUGAUCCUGUAUUUUCAGAGUAAUGUUUUAGUAUUUUACUUGUCAACUUUGUAAGUGACACUAAAAGAGUUCCAGAGUGCUGGAAUGAGCUUUACAUGAAUUCUAACAGGCGAAAAUUAUAAUAGUGUUGGAUUUUUCGUUGA